AUGAGUGACGGAAGCCGAAAGGCAGUUGUAAAAAAUGUGGAUAUGUCGGAGGAGAUGCAACAGGAUGCCAUUGACGUGGCCACCCACGCCUUUGAGAAGUUCAACAUAGAGAAGGACAUUGCAGCUUACAUAAAAAAGGAGGUAUGCUACUCGCUUUCUGCCGUCUUCAUCGUCUCGGCUUGUCUAGUUCGAUAAACGUCACAGUCCAACCUGGCAUUGUGUCGUUGGGAGGAAUUUUGGAAGCUAUGUGACCCACGAGACGAAGCAUUUCAUCUACUUCUAUGCGGGACAAGUGGCAAUCCUUCUGUUCAAGUCCGGUUGA